GGGAGGAGUUAUGAGGAUAAAAGGAGACGAGGAGUCAGAAAGUCACAGCAGUCAGAAAGAUUUUAACUGAUCCAUCAACCUUCAUCAGGCUGAAAACAUGUCCUCAGAUGAAAUGCAGGUGGCGGCUUUGGGUCGGCCUUUCGCCUUAGGCAUGCUGUACGACACUCGCAGAGACCAACUGAUGACGGGUUUCACUCUGUGGGAAAGAGAAACUAUCAGCUCGUACCUCAGCAGUCAGGUUCAUCCCAGCAGCUCCUAUGAAAUCAGCACCUCUGACUCCUUUGAGUCCAAGUCGUCUCUGCUGGAUGUGAAUUUGUCUCUCAAAGCCAGUUUCCUGGGGGGCCUCGUUGAGGUCGGGGGAUCUGCUGGUUUUCUGAAUGACAACAAGAAGCUCAAGAACCAGAGCAGAGUCACCUUCCAGUACAAAGCCACAACUUUUUAUGACCGGCUGAAUCUCUCACUUUUCCAAGCUGUGAAGCUUCAGGACAAAGAUCUUGUUGAGAAAAGUGAUGCAACACAUGUGGUCACAGGCAUCCUCUACGGGGCCAAUGCUUUCUUUGUGUUCGACAGUGAGAAGUUGGAGUCGAGCAGCGUUGAGACCGUUCAGGCCAAAAUGUUUGCUGCGGUCAACAAAAUUCCCUCCUUUAAUAUUGAGGCCAGAGCAGAAAUGAAGCUGACCAAAGAAGAAAGAGACGCAAUCAACAAGUUCACCUGUAAAUUUUACGGUGACUUUAUUCUGGAGAAGAACCCGACCACGUUUGAAGAUGCGGUGACGACCUUCUCCAAGCUUCCAGAGCUCCUCGGAGAAACUAAGAAGAACUCGGUUCCUGUCAAAGUGUGGCUGACUCCUCUGGAGGAUCUGGGCGUUACUGGAGCUGAGCUGAAGGAAAACAUCUCCUCUGGUCUGGUCAGGAAAUUCUGUAAUUCUCUGGAAAGUAUAAAAGAGAUGGAAAGGAGAUGCAGAGAGGCCCAGGAAGAGAAAGUGGUGGAAAGUUUUCCACAAAUUAGAAAAAAGCUGAAGGUUUUUGAAGAUAACUGUAAAGACUACACAUCCAACCUGAGUCGGGCCAUGCAGGAGAAGAUUCCUCUCAUCCGGGAAGGGAAAGAAGAUGAAAGAUGUGUGGAAAAGCUCUUUGAUGAGCAGGAGAAGUCUCCAUUCAAUCACACAACCUUAGACGCCUGGUUGGAUAAUGCAGAGAGAGAAAUCAACAUCAUCAUGUCCUGCCUGGACAUCAUGGAGGGAAUCCCGACCGUUCCAGAUGAGAACAGUUUGGACCGACAGGUUCUAGCUGCAGGCGUAGCCGAUCUCUUCUGCUUUGUCUUCUCCUCUGUGGAAACCGACGACCCCUUCCUGGACCAGAUGACCAGCUAUGUGAGCAAACAAACCAAACCUCCACCCAGCGUCGCUCCGCCCAGUAAGGACCAGUGGUUCUUUUCCAAUGAAGUCGUGGCCAACAUGAGGAAAAAAGCCAGAGAGUUCACUUCAGCGGCCAAACAGCUGAAGGGCAGCCGCAGGUUUCGGUUCCUGGCAGCUGCUCUGCCAAACAAAAGGUUCACCGGAGGAACCGUCUACCAGUUCAGGGAUGGGAGUCUGAAAACCCAAGACUUCUCACGGCCCGACGUUCCUGAUGUGACGGCUCCGUUAGACCGAAGAGACCUGGCUUGGUAUCACUGCAGCCUGACCUUGGAUCCAAAAACAUGUAACGGCUGGUUGAACCUGUCUGAUGGCAACAGGAAGGCGACAUGUGGGCCCGAGCAGGCCUAUCCUGAUAAUCCCCAGAGAUUUGAUGUUUUCACCCAGGGUCUGUCUGAGCUGGCGCUGACAGGGCGCCGUUACUUUGAGGUUGAGUGGAGCACCGGACAUCCCAAUAAGGUCGGGGUCGCUCUUGUAUACAGUAGCAUGCAAAGGAAAGGAAAGGAUGUUGUGAGCAGCUUUGGAGAGAAUCCUGCAUCCUGGUACUUUGGUGUUCAUAAUAAUGAGCUCAGCGCUUGGCACAACGGUAAGAUCUGGAGCACCUCUGUCCCUGCUGGCGGCUGCAGCAGGGUGGGGGUGUACCUGGACUGGCCGGGCGGCUCCCUGUCCUUCUACCAGGUCUCCUCUGACGCUCUGACUCACAUGUACACCUUCAGGGCCAAAUUCACUGAGCCGCUGCACCCAGGGCUUUAUGCUUAUCACAUAUCCAACUUCGCUUCCUUCAGUCCAAUGUAGAAACAGACGGAGUGAAAAUGUGGGAUUCAGGCAGAUGAGACUGGCUGGAAGUGAAGACAUUUAAAAUGUUAGCAGAGUCCAAACAGAGCAAAAGGUUUUAUGGUGUUGGAGUAAAAACUGAUCUGCUGUAUAAAAAUCAGAGAUAAACUCAGGAUAAACUCUGUCUUCAGGGUUUCCACCUGUGGCUCUAAACCUCACAUUGCUGUAACUUUCAGAUGCAUCUCUGCUCUAACAGAACCGGAUCCAAUGAGCCGAUCAGAACCAGCUCUGCUGCAGAGGGAACCAGAGGGCCGUUUGGUUCUGGUCUGUUGAGGAAAAAUGCAUCUAAAAGCUGCAGGAUCCUGAAGACCUGAGCUUCUCCACCUUACUGUAAAACCCAGAUUUUACGCCUCAGUUAUGAUCUCAUGAUGAUGUUUUAGUUUUAAAUGAAUUUAAAGUGUAGAUGGUUUUGGUUUCAUUCAGUAAAACUCUCACAGGUCCAGUUGGACGACAGUCUCUGGACGCUGUAGCUGACCCUGGUCCUCAGGUCUCUGACCAACUGGUUCCAGUCAUUAUGUUUCAUCCUCAGCAUGUCAGAGUUUCAGUUGGUCAGUCAGGUGAACCUACAGCAGAGGAUCCUGAGGACCAGAUUACAGCAGAGAUCUGUAAUCUGGUCCUGAGGACCAGAUUCCAGAUCUCUGCUUUAACUGAAGCCUCAUUUACUAAAAACUGACAGAUUUAAAGAAGCGCUUUCAUUUUAAUCCUGCUUUUUAUUGAACUUAUUGCUACUUUUCCUAACAGUGAAAACAUUUUUCACACGUUGAAUAAUCUGAUUACAGAAACUUUCUCUAAACUCGUAUUUACCUGACAGACAGAAAUCUGUCCUAGUUCAAUCCUCACAAAGCGACAGGUGGAGGAUUUGACUGGAAUCCAUCAGAAACAAUUCAGUUUUAACUUAAUGAGAAAGUGACCAUCUGUGUGAAUCCCACAUUGUAACUGAUUGAAUGUUUGAUCAAACCAUUAUUUGUAACAAAAGGUGUUCAGUGAGAUUUAAAUCAUGUAAAUGUAAACAUGUUCAGGUUCAUCACAGGUUAACAGGUUUUAUUCGCUUAUUAUUGUCUCUUAUAUGGAAAGUGGUUAUUUUAUGACUUUUAAAGGCUUUUAUGAAACACAAUAUGUUGAUGUUUUUAUCAUUUAGAGGAUUUUCUGCCAGGUAACAGGAUCUACUUUAUUAGUGGAGGAGGGAAUAAAGUUUAGUUAUUGGUGAAAAUAAAUCAUGAGCUGAAAGAUUUGAUUUGAACUUCCAUGUUAACUAGCAACCAUUUUAACUUUAUAUAACUUUGUCAGCUUUAAUUACUGAAGAAUAUAAAAGUUACCUUUAGGAUAAGUUUUGUCUAAUUUAGCAACUUUUGGUUUUGGAGAAAUUCUGAGGUUUUCAUUCUCAUCAUAAUCAUUUGAACUUCUUAUCUUUUCUGUGAUUUUUGUUUUUACAAUAAAAUCUCAGGAUGUCUGUUUAAUGGUGCCUGAGGGUCCAGAUCAUCUCUGGUUUUCCUCAUUACAGUCAGGAUGUUGGCAUAAUGAGGAAUAAUGAGGAAUAAUGAGGAAUAAUGAUGACGUUGUUGAUGUUUACAGAUCUGAAGUCUUGAUUUCUCUGUAACACUGCCCCCUGGUGGAAAUCAUCAAUAAAGCUGAAUCCUGAGUUAAA